UGGGCUUUGGCAGAGUAUAAAAAGCACUUGCUAUUCCCGAAGCUACAAUUGAAGCUAAUCUGGAAUUGUGAUUUGUUGGGCUGCAUUCGGUAAAGGUCAGUAAAGAUGGCUUCAUUUGACAACCAGCAUCAGACCAAGCAAGCAGCCAGCUUGCCACCUGAGCUGAGCAAACAUUGCAAGGAGCCACCAGUGGCCGUUCAUCCAAUUCCUUCUCCUCAAGAGAAGCAACCAUGCAAAGAGCCACCAGUUGUGGUUGUUCCAAUUCCAUCAGAGCCACUUCCUUGCAAGGAGAAGCCACCAUGCAAAGAGAUACCAGUGGAGGUCACGCCAGUUCCAUGCCCCAAACCGACACCAGUUCCCCAAGAGAAGCAGCCAUGCAAGCAACCACCUGUUGUGGUCGUUCCAACCCCAUGUCCAGAGAAAAAGCCUCCAUGCAAGGAGCCACCUGUUGUGGUCAUUCCAACCCCAUGUCCAGAGAAAAAGCCUCCAUGCAAGGAGCCACAAGCACCUGCUCAGGAGAUCAAGCAGCCACCUGUUACGGACGUUCAAGCUCCAUGUGCUCAGGAGAAACCACCAUGUAAACUGCCGCCUACUGUGGUGGUUCCAGCCCCAUGCCCAGAAAAGAAACCUCCAUGCAAGGAGCCACCAGUUGUGGUCAUCCCAGAGCCAACACCAUGCAAGGAACCACAAGCACCUGCCCAGGAGAAGCCACCAUGCAAGGAGCCACCUGUAGUGGUCGUUCCAACUCCAUGCCCGGAGAAGAAGCCUCCAUGCAAGGAACCAGUUCCAGUCCAGCCCGAGACAAAAUGCCCACCCCCCCUUGACCAACAGCAAAGGAAGCAAACAUCCCCAUGGCCCCCCCAGAAUAAGUAAGCAAGCAAGACAAAAAAUAGAGAAGAAAAUCCAGAUGUUCCACAUAUUCAGCUUGCAGUUAUAUUUCUCGGCGUACUUCAACCAUAUAGUCAUUUAAAUGCUUUAUUUAAAAAAAAUCUAUUAAUACUGCAUGAUUGUACUAUAUGCCAAUUGUACUAGACCACUUAAUUUCCAUGAAGGAGUUUGCAUUUGUUUGAACUGCUUCCAAAGGAGGUAGUUUGGGGCUAGCUUGUUUAAAUGGUUUUAAGUGAAGGUGCAAUGAGCUCUUAGGUUCCUUUCUUGCAUCCAUAAAAAGGUAAUAUUUAUUUUAAGUUAAUGACCAUAUUACCAACCACGUAAUUCUUAACACAGCGUAUCAUUUAAUAGGGAAAGAGAACAGACUGUAUGGUUCAAUGAAUUUCCUAACGCCAUGGUUCUCCAAUAAAAAAAACUAUUGAACAUUAA